AUGGCGAAGAGGAGUAAACAAGAGGAGGCAGCAUUGGAGGAGCUCGAGAGGACGGUCUUCCAAAACUUCACAGCCGCGGCCAACUCCAUCUCCCAGCUGUAUGCCUCCGUCGAAGCUCACCAGAAGAUGACCUUCCGCGCCGGAGAACAACACAGCAUGGUGAGAAUCCUUCAGCCGGAGCAGAGAUGGAUCGGCGGAUUUUAUUUAUUUAUUUAUUUUUCUCUCAUUUCUGCUGAGAUUCAUCGAUUGCUCGGGGUUUCUAGAGACGAAAACUUAUCGAUGGCGGCCUGCAGAUCUGACAACGAGGAUGAAAACCUCAGUGCUUCCAUCUUCUUCGUGGUUGAUGUGCUUGCUUCAAUCAUCCUCGAUAUCCUCACUGUUUCUUGCUUCUCACCUCCAAGAAAUCUAUCGGGUGAUCUUCGCUGAUCUUGAAGAGAUUAUUUCUUCGACUUUUCUGCCUUCUUCACUCGUCUGAUGAUCUUUUUUCGCCUCCCGUCCUCCCAUAUCUGGCUUAACCUGCGGCCGAGUUGCACGAUUUCCUUCCUGUUCUUUCUCCAUUAUGGUAAUGAAAUGAAUCAAAAUCAAGCACAUUGCGAGACUAUUCUCAAAUUCGGACUGGGAUCGAAACAUUUGGGGAUGAAAAAAGUGCCCUAUUCAAAAUAGGAAGAAUAUAUUACAGGUCCCUGCUGGAGCAAAGAUUUAUUGAUUUCGCAUUUAUCUUCUAAUGAAGAUUUGCUGUCCUGCGAACCGAUGAAGAUCAACUUCUUAUGACUGUGAUCGACUGACAAUAAUUCUCAGAGCCUCUCUUCUUUUCUAGUAAUGAAAAUUUCAAAUUGAUACAAAAUAAAAUUAACCUUCUAUUACUUUAAAGAAAAUAAAAUUAAAUAUUUCGGAAUGGCAUUUCUUUUAUUGUUAAUUCGAUCUCGCCAUGUUUUUAUGAGAACUGGAUGAGCAAUCCGAUUCACAUCUGAUUCUUCGUUUUCGCUUCAUUUUGUAUACCGCUCUGGUUUUAAUAUUCAUAUUUUUGAAAAUAUCUGCCACCUGAAAAGAGAAGAGCUUAUGGUUUUUAUUUUUUUCUUGGGAUUGUUUUCUAUCAGUUCUUGCGCAAAACCUUGAAUGAUCGACGAGCCCCUGCAUUUUUCUCCUUCAGCUGUUGUUGCUCCUUUCCACCAGUGAUGAUGUUACCAUUCCUAUUUAUGUAUCUAUAUAUAUGUAUAUUUCUUUUUUUGUCUACCUCUAGAGCAUCUAUUUUGCUAUAUUUGUGCGCUGUCAUUCUUCUGUGUUUGCUUAAUGUAGAUUUUUAAAAAAAAUCCCUAAAAAAUCGUCCAGGAGAAGCUGCAGAGUUGGAUCUUAGCUAUACAAGCUGAAGGUCAAAGGAUAACGCCGGCGGAUAUCCUCAGUUAUCUUCAGGUUUUCAUCCCAUCCCUUCCUCCUUGCAUCUAAUCGCAGUUUUGUGGAAUCAUGUGGGCCUUAAUUAUUUUGAGAAAAUUAAUGAUCAAGGCCAAGCCCUUGAGUCAAGUCAACCCCGGGACAGAAGUUGACACGAAGUCAACGCUAGGAACGGGAAACCCCUACGGGAUUUUUCUUCCGCGGGUUCUAAGAAUAUCCGGUCGUUUUGCGUUGACCUGCCUCUGUUCUGUGACCAGAACGAGCUCGGCCACGCCCCUGGAGGUCCGCAGGCUCCUCAUCCACUGCCGCCGCCGCCCGGAGCGAAGCAGGCCCUGACGCUAGGGUCAAGCCCCGCCGGAGCCGCCGCACAGGCGGCGUCGCAGAGAGGAGCUCGUCCUCCUCCCCGCCGCGGUUCCUCCGCCGGGCUCGAUGAGGAAGAACCCCUUGAUUCUCCCAUGGACAUGCAAGCCGAGACCUUCCUCUAG